UAAAUCUCGUGUUUUCCCCUUUGAUUUUAUUUUUCUCUGUCCGCACGACGUCGAAUUCUAGAUUGUUCGACGGCGAUGGGAGCUGGGAGAGAAGUCAGCGUAUCGCUAGAUGGAGUCAGAGACAAAAACUUGAUGCAGCUUAAGAAACUCAACACGGUUUUGUUCCCGGUUCGCUACAACGACAAGUACUACGCCGAUGCAAUCGCUUCCGGCGAAUUCACCAAGCUUGCAUAUUACAGUGACAUAUGUGUUGGAGCUAUCGCUUGUCGGCUGGAGAAGAAAGAAGGUGGAGCCAUGCGAGUUUAUAUAAUGACGCUUGGUGUUCUUGCACCAUACCGUGGGAUUGGCAUUGGUUCAAAGCUUUUGAAUCAUGUUCUUGAGAUGUGCUCCAAGCAAAACAUGUGUGAAAUAUACUUGCACGUGCAGACAAACAACGAAGACGCGAUCAAGUUCUACAAGAAGUUCGGGUUCGAGAUCACAGAUACCAUACAAAACUAUUACAUCAACAUUGAACCAAGAGAUUGCUACGUUGUCAGCAAGUCCUUUGCUCAAUCCGAAGCCAACAAAUGAUGAAAAAUACCCAACUUGGGGAAACCAUUUCUCCCCAGUUUGUUUGUUCAAUUCAAGAUCUAUUAACGUUAUGAUGCGUCUGUUUCCAAGUUUUGUUAACCUUAAAGUUUCUUAUUGAUUCUAAAGCUAUAGAUCCUGGUUAUAUGCUUACAUGAUUUCUUUAGUUUUGGACCCUUUUUGAUUGGGGAAGUUUUAACUUUGCAA